AUGAGUAGCCCUCAUUCCACGGUCGAAACUGCCGAUGGCAGUGCUAUUGCUGCUACAGAUGAUCAUGUUCAACUAGCCUCCACAUCAGGGCCUGUUCCGGGCAACGCCUUAGAGCCUAAGGGUGACAGCUCGGCAGGAGUAAAUGAUGAUGUCGACGAGCCGGACGACUUCCACCCCGGGUGGCGGCUGUGGGCCAUCAUAGCUGGCCUGAUAGUUGCGUUGAUCCUCACAGCAUUCGAAAACACAGCCGUCAGCGUUGCGAUGCCCGUGAUUGUUGCUGACCUGAAUAUGGGUGAUGAAUACAUUUGGAUAACCAAUGGGUUUUUCGUAGCUAGUGCAGCGAUACAACCGCUUGUUGGGCAGCUUUGUAACAUCUUCGGCCGACGAUGGAUCAUGCUGAUCAACGUGGCCAUCUUCACCUUGGGCAGUGGCAUUUGCGGCGGAGCGCACAACUCAGCGACCAUGAUCGCGGGUCGAGUUGUCCAAGGUCUGGGAUCCGGGGGUAUCACCUUGCUCGGGGACAUCAUCAUGUCUGACCUCGUCCCUCUUCGCUACCGCGGCAAUUAUCUGGCUGCCAUCUUGUCCGUCUUUGGCAUUGCCUUAAUCCUUGGCCCGUUUCUCGGAGGUUCUAUUGUCGCUACAACAACAUGGCGCUGGAUCUUCUACCUCAAUUUCCCCAUUGGCGGCGCUGCGUUGAUUCACCUAUUUGUCUUCCUUCAUGUCAACUACGACGACGAUGCGACCCUAUCUCAAAAGUUGAAGCGUAUCGAUCUGCUUGGCAACUUUGUGCUCAUGGCAUCGGUGGUUUCGGCCUUGUUCGCUCUCGCGUAUGCCGGCUCAACCUAUAACUGGGGCUCGUAUCGUAUCUUGGUGCCCUUAAUCAUUGGGCUUCUUGGCCUCGUACUCUUCGGCUUCACCCAGCGUGGCCGAUUUGCAGCUUCGGAGCCGGUGAUGCCUCCGCGCCUCUUUCACCAUCGGACUUCUGUGAUUAUUGCUGUCAACACCUUUAUCAACUCUGCGCUAACAUAUUGGGUCCUGUUCUUUCUGCCCGUCUUCUUCCAAGCUGUAAAGCUGUAUGGGCCGCAGUACGCUGGAGUCGCCCUCCUGCCGUCACUGGUUAUCACUAUGCCUGGAUCGGCACUGGCAGCAGUGGCGAUCAGUCGCUGGGGCCGUUAUAAACCGGUUCAUGUUGCUGCGUUCGCCAUCUUCGUCAUUGGUCUCGGCUUGCUCACACUUCAGAAUCCAGACACGACCGUCGCACAGUGGGCAAGUUACCAGAGCAUUGCUGCCUUGGGCGGUGGCGCGCUCAUUAACUCACAGUUGCCUGCGUUCCAGAGCCCUGUAGAGGAGAGCGACCAGGCGGCAGCGUCGGCAACCUGGGGUUUCAUCCGAAGUCUCGGCUUUGUCUUUGGCGUAGCGAUUCCUGCGACCAUUUUCAAUAACCGCAUCUAUGACCUGCAAGGAGCCAUCGCAGACCCAAGUGCGAAGCUGGCGCUAUCUACGCUGGGGCCGUAUGGUUCUGCGUCUGCCUCUUUUGUACGUCAGUUCGACCUCGAAACGCAACAUCAGCUGCGUAAUGUAUUUUCGCAGGGCUGUUUACGUGUAUUUCAGGUUGCUCUUGGCCUCUGCGCAUUGGGCUUCGUCUUGUCUUUGUUCGAAGAUGAGAUUGUGUUACGGAAGAAGCUGAAGACAAAGUACGGAUUGAAAGUCAAGCCGGAGAGCAACACACAUGGUUCCGUUGACGCAGAGAUUGCAGUUGAGCAAGAGGUUACAGUUGAGGGAAGGGUUGCGAAGGAAAAGGUGGCAGAGAAAGUUGAAGAGUCGUAG